AUGUUACGUCGAUUCUCAACGAACUUCAAGAAGUCCAAGGGCGACAAGGAGGAGCGUCGUGAGGCCAAGGAGAAUGGCCAGGUCAACGGAAAGCGUCACUCGCUAGUUGCACCCAUUCGCAAAUCGACCUCCCCGCCGUCAUCCACUGCGGAAGAAGAGACUCCCCAAGGCGCAACACGCAAUGCUGUCCAGUCUACCUUUGAGAAGUACUCGCAAGUUAUCCAUGCCUCGACGACCCCUCUGCCCCGUCAGACUGGAGAUUCCACUUUUCUCGAGCAGGAUACCACUCAAGGGAUUUUCGGUGACAUCAAGGCGCUUGGUUUCCGUGAUGUGAAUACUUUGAAGGAUCUCAUCAAGAGCAAGGCCUCUGGUGAGCUUGUCGAUGACAAGACUAUGCUUAUGGAGCGGAUUAUUCAGCUCGUCAGUGGUCUUCCCGCCGGCUCCAAGAACCGUGUCGAACUCACCAACGUUUUCCUCGACGAGCUCUGGAACUCGUUGCCGCACCCACCACUCUCGUACAUGGGAGACGACUACCAAUAUCGUUCUGCAGAUGGCUCGAAUAACAACCCGACUCUCCCAUGGUUGGGUGCCGCUAACACGGCAUACUCGCGCUCCAUUCCCCCAUUGACCGUUCAGCCCAGUGGUCUGCCAGACGCGGGCCUGGUGUUCGACAGUCUUAUGGCCCGUGAGAAGUUCAACCCCCACCCUAAUAAGGUUUCGAGUUUGUUCUUCGACUGGGCCUCUUUGGUUAUUCACGAUAUCUUCCAAACCGACUAUCGUAACCCUAGUAUCAAUAAGACCUCCGCCUACCUCGACCUUGCCAUCUUGUACGGUGACGUCCAGGAGGAACAGGACUUGGUCCGUACCCACAAGGAUGGUAAACUGAAGCCCGAUGCAUUCUCCGAGCCUCGUCUCCAGGCCUUCCCCGCAGCUUGCUGUGUGUUGCUUGUCAUGCUGAACCGUUUCCACAACCACGUUGUCGAGCAGCUUGCUCUCAUUAACGAGAAUGGCCGCUUCACCAAGCCCUCUCCUAAGCUGCCUGAGGAGCAGGCCAAGCAGGCCUGGGCCAAGUACGACAACGACCUCUUCCAGACCGGUCGUCUGAUCACCUGCGGUCUUUUCAUCAACAUCACCCUGUACGACUAUCUCCGUACUAUUGUCAACUUGAACCGCAGCAACACCACUUGGUGCUUGGACCCUCGUGCUCAUAUGGAGAAGGAGGGCGCUACCCCUCAGGGUAUGGGUAACCAGUGCUCUGUUGAGUUCAACUUGGCCUACCGCUGGCACUCCGCCAUCAGUGCCAAUGACGAGAAAUACACCGAGAAGAUCUACAAGGAGCUCAUGGGCAAGCCCGCGGAAGAGGUUACCAUCCCGGAGCUUCUCAUCGGUCUGGGCAAGUACGAAGCAAACUUGGACCGUGACCCAGCCAAGCGCACUUUCGCCCACCUUGAGCGUCAGGAAGACGGUACUUUCCGUGACGAUGACCUUGUCAACAUCUUGUCAAACGCUGUUGAGGAUGUGGCCAGCUCUUUUGGUGCUCGCAACGUUCCCAAGGCUCUGAGGGCCAUUGAGAUCCUGGGUAUCAACCAGGCUCGUCGCUGGAACGUUGGCUCCCUCAACGAGUUCCGUAAAUUCUUCGGCUUGAAGGCUUACGACUCGUUUGAGGAGAUCAACAGUGACCCCGAUGUUGCCAACUCCCUCCGUCACCUAUAUGAGCACCCCGACUUUGUCGAGCUCUACCCCGGUAUCGUCUCCGAGGAAGCCAAGGAGCCCAUGAUCCCUGGUGUCGGUAUUGCCCCGACCUAUACCGUCUCCCGUGCGGUCUUGUCCGAUGCCGUUGCCCUUGUCCGUGGUGACCGAUUCUACACUGUUGACCAGAACCCGAGAAACCUGACCAACUGGGGUUACUCGGAGUCUCGCUACGACCUCAGCGUCAACCAGGGCUGUGUCUUUUACAAGCUGUGUCUCCGUGCUUUCCCCAACCAUUUCAAACCUGACUCCAUCUACGCCCAUUACCCCAUGACCAUCCCUGGCGAGAACCGCAACAUCAUGAAGGACCUCGGCAGGGAGUCGCACUACUCCUACGACCGUCCUUCCUACACUCCUCCCAAGGUGAACCUGUCGUCCUACUCCAAUGUCAAGCGCGUGGUCGAACAGCCCACAGACUUCCGCGCCCUGUGGGGUGAGGUUCCCGCCUUCGUCUUCGGCAAGACUGGCUACGAGCAGUUGCUUGCUGGUGACUCUUCCUUUGGCACCCAGCAGAAGGAGGCCAUCACCCAGGCCUUGUCAUCUGAGGAAUGGAACAAGCAUGUGAAGGCCUUCUACGAGGACAUCACCCUGCAGCUCCUCCGUGAGAAGACCGGUCGCCUCGCUGGCAGAAAUCAGAUCGACAUCACUCGCGACCUCGGUAACUUGGCGCACACCCACUUUGCCGCCAACGUCUUCUCGCUACCUCUGAAGACUGCCGAUAACCCCAAGGGCAUCUUCACUGAGCACGAGCUGUACAUGGCCCUGGCCGCCACCUUCACCAGCAUCUACUUCGACGUGGACCCCGCCAAGUCCUUCGCUCUCCGCCACGCCUCCCACGCCGUCGUCCAACAACUCGGCCAAGCCGUCGAGGCCUCCCUCAAGGGCACCAGCGGCUUCCUCUCUGGCAUCCUUGGCGGCUCCCGCAAGACCCCCAACGCCCUUUCCGAAUACGGCGCCAAACUUAUCAAGCAACUCCUCGACAACGGCCUCAAUGCCUCCGAAGUGACCUGGGCCCAGAUAAUCCCCGCUGCCGUCGGCAUGGUCCCCAACCAAGGCCAAGCGUUCACCCGCAUCAUCGACUACUUCCUCUCUGCUGACGGCGCCCAACACCUCCCCGAAAUCAACCGUCUGGCCCAGGAAAACACCCCCGAAUCCGAGGAGAAACUCCGCCGCUACGUCCUCGAAGCCAUCCGCAUCAACGGCGCCUUCGCCGCCUACCGCGAGGCCCAAACCUCCGCCAUCCUCAACGACAACGGCCGCGAAAUCUCCAUAAACCCCGGUGACAAGGUCUUCGUCGGCUUCGCUGGCGCAAACCACGAUGCCGAGGCCUUCCCUGAACCUAACCAAGUGCGCCUCGACCGGCCCCUUGAGGCUUACAUUCCCUUCGGCGUUGGUCCCCACGCUUCGCUGGGCAAGGACACCAGCCUCGUUGCUCUUACCACUAUGCUGCGCGUUGUAGGUGGCCUGCCGAACCUGCGCCGUGCUCCUGGUCCCCAGGGCCAGCUGAAGAAGGUGCAGGCUGAGGAGGGAUACACUGCGUAUAUGCGCGAAGAUAACAGUGGACACUUCCCGUUCCCGAUGACGUUCAAGGUGCACUUUGAUGGGGAGAUUCCUGGUCCUAAGCGUGGUUAA